UCUUUUUUUUUUUUUUGCUUCUGUUUUUACCCCAUUAGUUUCAAUCCACAGCAGUAAAAAAGAAGGCUUGAGUGGAUUUAAAAACUUCAUAAGUAUCAAGACAACUUCACACAGAGAUCACUUUUAUAACCCUUUUUCAUAAUAAUGCUGAUCACUGAAGCACAAUUUGUGACAAAAACAAUAAAAUUAAUCAUGACGAUAAUGAAUACACAGCACUGGAAAAGGGGCAGUGUUAAAUAUACGUUUGCACGUUUUCCGGUUAGCUAGAAAUAAGAAGAGGAAGGAAAACUAACCAAGCCCUCAAUGUAACUUCCACCCUCAGAGGUGAUGCUCUGCAGCGUUGCAUUGCAGGACAACAGCUUCUCCUGAGUUAAAGAGAGAAGCAGCGAUGAGUUUUUCUGCAGCAGCAACUGGGUUUGUUGCCCUGUUCCUCUCUAUGACAGUGGGACAAGUUGAACCUGACUGGUCAGUUAAAUAUGAUCCAUCUCAGAUCUGUGCCUUGACAGGAUCAACAGUGAAGAUAAAAUGUUCCUAUACAUAUCCGUACAAAAUACAUGGAAUAACAACAAAAGUUAAAACAAGGCUCUGGUUCACUAAAGGAAAUAAUCAAGUCCCUGUGGAUCUGAAGAAGGAUUCUGACUAUAAUGGUCGAAUAAUUUAUAACUUUACAGACAACAGCUGCAAUCUGACAAUCAAAGAUCUGAAUCUGAGAGACUCAGCUGAGUACAAGUUCAGGUUCGUAACGAACCAACCAGACGGAGCAUUUACUGGUUUACCUGGAGUCAUCUUGACUGUAACAGACCUCAGAGUUCAGGUCAGAAGAUCAGAAAUGCAGACGGAGCUGAAGUGUGAAAGCAGCUGUGAUCCAAUCAAACCUCCUUCAUAUGUUUGGUUCAACAAGGAGAAGAAAAUGGAGGAACAGACUUCUUCUAUACUGGUCUCAGUCAGAGAUGGAGACAGAUUUUCUUGUUCUGUUAAAGGACAUGAAGAUCUCCGCUCUCGCCCUGUGUAUGCUCCAACGUUUACCUCUGCUAACCUGAUGACCUCUGGUCAGAUAACUGAGGGGCGUUCAGUGACUCUGAGCUGCAGCAGUGAUGCUAACCCAGAAGCUAACUACACCUGGAGGAAGAAGAACAACCAAUCAAUCGUCAGUGAAGACCAACAGUUUGUCUUCUGGUCCAUCCUGUCCUCAGACUCUGGACUGUAUUACUGCACAGCUCAGAACCAACUGGGAGAGGAAACAUCUGGACCCGUCUCUGUCCAGGUCACAUAUGGUCCCAGGCCUCCCUCAGUGUCAGUGACUCCCUCUGGUGAAAUCAUGGAGGGCAGCCUGGUGACUCUGAGCUGCAGCAGUGAUGCUAACCCAGAAGCUAACUACACCUGGUACAAGGAGGGAGAGGAGGCACCAAAAGCUUCAGGACAAAACUUCACCAUCACUAACAUUAUGUUCAAGCAGAGAGGAAAUUAUUACUGUGAAGCUCAGAACAGCAGAGGGCGCUGUAACUCCACUGUGACUGUGAACGUUGUGUUAGCACCAAGGAACCAAGUCGCUGCUGCUGCUGCAGUUCCUGCUGUUUUCCUGAUUCUCAUCUGCCUCUUUUUGUGGAUCCUCAGAAAAACCAAAGUGUGGAAGCAGCAGUCCAGACCUGCAGCAGGACAAGUUCCCAGUGAACAGGUGAUCCCAGCAGAGGACGAUGUUGCCUACUCUGUUGUCCACUUCGCAACAAAACAGGAAGAGCUUGUUUACUCCAACAUCAACCCAACUCAGUCCAAGAGACACAAGAAGAGGAAGGAAGAAGAGAUGGUGGAGUACGCCUCUGUUAACUGUGGUAGAACCAGAACUGCUGCAAGAACUGAGUCUGCACAGCAGGACAGUGUGGAGGAUCCAGCUGCCUUGUACAGUUCAGUCAACAAACCAGGAAGGAACAUCAGAGAAACUCCUAGUGGUUUAUAAAUGACUUUUACUUUUAUUCUCCACUAGUUUAUCCAGAGAAAUCCUGUUAUAAAGUACUUUUUGGUUUCUCCCGCUUUUCUUUUCUUUUGUUUCUAUUUCCUGUAAUUCAUGUAAAGACUUUGAAUUGCCUUGUUGAGGAAAAAGGAAACAGUUUUGAUGUCAUUUGUAUUAUUAUUAUACUCCAGUUUAUUCCAGCACAAAGAAAUAAUAUAAUUUAUUGGAUUAUGUCAGAAUGUGCAACUUAAAUUUUAUUUGAAUAAAGUUCAACCUUAAUCCAGCUUUCAGAUGAUUUGUGUGUUGCAGGUUG